AUGGCGGAUGAAGACGAGGUAGAGGUGCGAGGAAUAAAAAGACCUCUUGUCGAAAACUACAGCGACGAUGAAGAAGAAGAGGAAGCUCGAAGAAAACAAGAACACAGUGCUUAUCAGAGUAGACAUUGUCCUUAUCUUGACACCAUAGACAGGCAUGUGCUCGACUUUGAUUUUGAGAAGCUGUGUUCUGUGUCAUUAUCACACAUCAAUGUGUAUGCUUGCUUGGUGUGCGGAAAGUAUUUUCAAGGACGUGGACGUCGCUCUCAUGCUUACACACACAGUGUACAAGUUGAUCAUCAUGUGUUUCUUAAUCUUCAUACACUCAAGUUUUACUGUUUACCUGAUAACUAUGAAGUUAUUGACUCUUCUUUAGAUGAUAUAAAGUAUGUUUUAAACCCAACGUUUACCAAAAAUGAUAUUACGCAGUUGGAUAAAUCAGCAAAGCUGUCCAGAGCUUUUGAUGGCACAACCUAUCUACCUGGAAUUGUUGGACUGAAUAAUAUCAAAGCAAAUGAUUACUUGAAUGUAGUAUUACAGGCUUUGGCAUUCGUCCCACCAAUCCGUGAUUUUUUUCUUCGAGAAGAAAACUAUCAAAGCAUCAAGCGUCCUCCUGGUGAUAUCAUGUUCCCUCUCGUAAACAGGUUUGGAGAGCUAAUUAGAAAAAUUUGGAAUCCACGUAACUUCAAAGCUCAUGUCAGCCCUCAUGAGAUGUUGCAGGCUGUGGUGCUUUGUAGCAAAAAGAGAUUCCAGUUUACUGAACAAGGUGAUCCUGUGGAAUUUUUGUCUUGGUUUCUUAACUCUCUGCACACAACUCUUGGUGGAACAAAGAAAGCAACUAGCAGUGUUGUUUACAAAACAUUUCGAGGCAAGAUGAAUGUAACAUCUCGAAAACUUCCCCAGACUGAGAAUGAGGAAGAAACGAAAAAGGUUGUGGAUGAAGAAGAAUAUAAAGAAACUACAACUGUUUCUCCCUACAUGUACUUGAUGUUGGAUAUUCCACCAUCGCCCCUGUACAAGGAUGAAUAUCAGCAGAACAUCAUUCCACAGGUGCCAUUGUUCCAGCUUUUAAGCAAAUUUGAUGGCAAAUCAGAAAAGGAAUAUAAAACAUACAAGGAAACAUUUGUAAAGAAGUUUGAACUCACAAAGUUACCAAAAUAUCUGAUCAUGUGUGUUAAGAGAUUUACAAAGAACAUGUUCUUCGUGGAGAAGAAUCCCACUGUUGUGAACUUUCCAGUCAAGGGGGUGGACAUGGCAGAGUUCCUGGUAUCAGACCCAGCUGUGCAAGAUGCUCAUCCCCACACUCAGUAUGAUCUGAUUGCAAAUGUUUGUCAUGAAGGAGAGCCAAGCAAAGGUGCUGGAACUUUCAAAGUUCACAUCCUACACAAAGGUGCAAACAAGUGGUUUGAACUCCAAGAUCUUCAUGUUAAAGAGAUUUUGCCUCAAGUGAUAACUCUCUCUGAUUCAUAUAUACAGAUUUAUGAGUUACAAAAGGAAAAAGCACCGAUGGAUACUGUCUAGUCAGGUAGAAAAGAAAAAAGUGGCAAUAGGUUAGAUACCAUGAGCAUGAACCAGAAAUAAAGAACUUAAAUGCUGUAGCUAUGGAGUUUCAAGACACUUUUUCAGCUGACAGAAACCAACACAGUUCAAUACUGCAGAUGCAAAGUGCAAAUAAAGUUAACUGACAAAUCCAGUCUUACCAUUUUGGCGUGGUAUCUGUGGUGUUCUCCAAAAAGGCCUGAAGGAUGUGGUAUUGCUCUGUUUAUUUUCACGUUCAGCCUCAAAGACGCUCCUUUUGUUGUUGUUGUUGUUUAUAAAUGCUUCAUGUUAGUGUAAGUUUUAUUUUUUUUAUGGAAUAGAUAUUUUUGACCGGUGUUCUCUCUUUCACGGAACCUGCAUUCGGCAAGACUUAAGUUUGUUAUACUCAUCUGUAAUUUAAUUUCAUGACAUGUGAUAAAUAAAAACCCAAACUUUGUGCUAAA